AUGGAGUACGGAUACUCUUAUGAGGUGGAAGAUGCGCCGCCCACCAAGCCGCCGCCGGAGGACGUCGCUCAGGGGCUGCGCAUCGCCAUUCUGACGCGCCUCCAGCACUACCGCCAGCUCUGGCUUGGCACAACACAUCGCCCACCCCGGACCGGCUCGCCGCCUGACACAUCCCGCGCCCAGCUCCAGAUGAUCCAGUUCGCGCUACUACAGGACAUCCGGAACCUCGCCCGGUUCACGGCGCGCCUGGAGAAGAAGCUCGACCGCAAGAAAUGGAUAAAAUGGAUUGUUAACCCAUUACUACCAAUAUUACUGCACUACCUCUACCUGCAGCUGUACCAACUGCCACAGUUCAGCGCCUUUACGCCCCUGCGCGAGAGGAAUGACCACGGCCAGUACCGGCCCGCCUACUUGACCGUGCUGUCGCUCGUACCUUGGUUCGCCGGCCCGGCGGCCCUCUGGAGGCUGUUUACCUACGAGGAGCAGGUCGACAGGAUGGCGCGGCUGCAGGAGACUCUGGAGAACAUGGAAGAAGAGGUCGAUCGCGGCUUGCCGGUCCGCGAUAUCGGGUUUUUGGAGAUGUCGAAGUGGGAGGAUAUCCGGUGGCAUCCCGAGUUGUUUCCCCUCUAG